AUGUUAUUGCUACCGUCUAGCCGAGCUCAUCACCUCCUACAAUUAAUUUCUUUCUUCUUGGCCACUCUUGUUUACUCUGACGAUUUCUGUCCACUACAAACUCCCUUGUACCCUCCCCCGCGGGCCCUCAUCUCCAACCAAGAUGUCAAGGAGGCGUCCAACAACCUCACCCAAGCGAUUGAAGCAGCCCUGACUACCGGUACCACUGAUCUCGGCUCACUGCCUAUCAACACAACAACAUUCGCUGUCAAAGUAUUCUCCUCCCAUACGGAGGACUCCAUAUAUGAAUACCUCUACACCUCACCAACGUACAGCCCCAAACCGGGUGCGGGCGCAGAGAACACGACACUUGAUAGCGUGUACCGGGUUGCCAGUAUUUCGAAACUCCUCACAGUAUUAACCCUGCUGGCACAUGACGGAUAUACCCACUGGAACCAUCCGAUCACGGAGUUUAUCCCGGAGCUAGACGCACUGGCUCGUAGUGAAAACUCCCGGGUUCCAUGGCGGGAGAUUACCGUUGGUGACUUAGCCGCACAGCUGAGUGGUGUGCCCCAUGAUUAUGGAUUUGAGGAUCUUGCCGGUAAAUAUAGCAAUGAGCAAAUGGUGGCCUUGGGUCUUCCUAAGGUUCCGGCGAAGGAUAUCCCGACAUGCAAUCAGGGCGACGGCGUAAAUGGUGGUAAUCCGUGCGACAGAGACGAAUUCCUCCGCGGUAUCGUCAGUGAACAUCCGACGUUUGCUCCUGGUACCACGCCCGCAUAUUCCAAUGCAGCUUACCAGCUUUUGCGCUACGUGAUGGAGAACAUCACCGGAAUUGACUUCCCGUCUAUGUUCGAGAACAGCAUAGUCAAGCCCCUCAAUCUCAACUCCACAAGCCUGCUGGUCCAUAAGAAUGCGAACUUUGGUAUCAUUCCGAUUAACGAGACGACCAGCCUGUGGGAUUUUGAUCUGGGUGACGGCGACGCCUUUGGAGGUGCAUACUCGAGUGUCAAUGAUCUUGCCGUCAUUGGCCGUUCCAUUCUGCAAUCUCUCUCUGGCUCCUCUGCGUUGAAUCUCUCGGCAACCAUGACCCGUCACUGGCUCAAACCACUCAGCCAUACCACCAGCUUUAGGACAUCCGUCGGGGCGCCCUGGGAAAUCUUCCGCUACGAGCUACCAAACCGACCUAACCACGUCAUCGACGUCUACUCCAAGUCCGGAAACCUGGGAGCAUAUGCCGAUAUCAUUGCGCUCAUUCCAGAGUAUGACAUUGGAUUUUCGAUUACAGCUGCGGACCUGCCGACGAACCCUCUAACAAAUGUAUGGGGGCUGGCAGACCUAGUCAUUGACCGGCUCUCCCCUGCAUUAGACAAGGCCGCCCAACAAGAAGCGAACAGCACGUAUGCAGGCACAUACAAGGCCCCGGGAGGUAAUUCUACACUUGAUUCAUACGUCACAGUUACCACGGAUCACGAUAAACCCGGUCUCCAGGUAACUGAAUGGGUGAGCAAUGGCGUCGACUUUCUUCAGUCUCUGGUAGGGCUUUCGGGGUUCGAAGGACUAGCCGUCAGGUUAUAUCCCACUGGUAUUGAGGAGAGUCUACAUGGAGAAACGGCGAAACGCGUGUUUUUCCGCAGUGUAUUUGACUACGACACGUCUGGGCAGCCAAAAGGGGUUAUUUCUGCUUGUCAGUCCUGGCUCAAUGUCGAUGGCUCCCGAGUUGGUAACAUUGGCGUUGAUGAAUGGGUGUUUACGGUGGAGGAAGGCCAGGCAAGCCUUGCUGAGCCCCGACUAUUGAGGAAGCCAUUGCGCCGAGCAUAG